AUGAAAGAUGGCGAUGCUGAAAAAGGUCAACCCGCUCGCCGUGACUUAAAGAGAAUAGAUAGAGAUGCCAAGGAUCCAAGCAGCCGCGCUCGUCGUCUCGAUUUGUUACGUCACCAGAGAGAUGGCAAUGACCAAGGAGCUCAACGUGAACGCCGUGACGACAAGGAGGCCGGAGCUCAACGUGAACGCCGUGACGACAAGGAGGCCGGAGCUCAACGUGAACGCCGUGACGGCGAUGAGCAUCUAGCUCAACGUGAACGCCGUGACGACAAGGAGGCCGGAGCUCAACGUGAACGCCGUGACGACAAGGAGGCAGGAGCUCAACGUGAACGCCGUGACGGCGAUGAGCAUGUAGCUCAACGGGAACGCCGUGACGGCGAUGAGCAUCUAGCUCCACGUGAACGCCGUGACGACAAGGAGGCCGGAGCUCAACGUGAACGCCGUGACGGCGAUGAGCAUCUAGCUCAACGUGAACGCCGUGACGACAAGGAGGCCGGAGCUCAACGUGAACGCCGUGACGACAAGGAGACCGGAGCUCAACGUGAACGCCGUGACGACAAGGAGGCCGGAGCUCAACGUGAACGCCGUGACGACAAGGAGGCAGGAGCUCAACGUGAACGCCGUGACGACAAGGAGGCCGGAGCUCAACGUGAACGCCGUGACGACAAGGAGGCAGGAGCUCAACGUGAACGCCGUGACGACAAGGAGGCCGGAGCUCAACGUGAACGCCGUGACGGCGAUGAGCAUCUAGCUCAACGUGAACGCCGUGACGACAAGGAGGCCGGAGCUCAACGUGAACGCCGUGACGACAAGGAGGCAGGAGCUCAACGUGAACGCCGUGACGGCGAUGAGCAUGUAGCUCAACGGGAACGCCGUGACGGCGAUGAGCAUCUAGCUCCACGUGAACGCCGUGACGACAAGGAGGCCGGAGCUCAACGUGAACCCCGUGACGGCGAUGAGCAUCUAGCUCAACGUGAACGCCGUGACGACAAGGAGGCCGGAGCUCAACGUGAACGCCGUGACGACAAGGAGACCGGAGCUCAACGUGAACGCCGUGACGACAAGGAGGCCGGAGCUCAACGUGAACGCCGUGACGACAAGGAGGCAGGAGCUCAACGUGAACGCCGUGACGACAAGGAGGCCGGAGCUCAACGUGAACGCCGUGACGACAAGGAGGCCGGAGCUCAACGUGAACGCCGUCACGACAAGGAGGCCGGAGCUCAACGUGAACGCCGUGACGACAAGGAGGCAGGAGCUCAACGUGAACGCCGUGACGACAAGGAGGCAGGAGCUCAACGUGAACGCCGUGACGACAAGGAGGCCGGAGCUCAACGUGAACGCCGUGACGACAAGGAGACCGGAGCUCAACGUGAACGCCGUGACGACAAGGAGGCAGGAGCUCAACGUGAACGCCGUGACGACAAGGAGGCCGGAGCUCAACGUGAACGCCGUGACGACAAGGAGGCCGGAGCUCAACGUGAACGCCGUGACGACAAGGAGGCAGGAGCUCAACGUGAACGCCGUGACGACAAGGAGGCGGGAGCUCAACGUGAACGCCGUGACGACAAGGAGGCCGGAGCUCAACGUGAACGCCGUGACGACAAGGAGGCCGGAGCUCAACGUGAACGCCGUGACGACAAGGAGGCCGGAGCUCAACGUGAACGCCGUGACGACAAGGAGGCAGGAGCUCAACGUGAACGCCGUGACGGCGAUGAGCAUCUAGCUCAACGUGAACGCCGUGACGACAAGGAGGCCGGAGCUCAACGUGAACGCCGUGACGACAAGGAGGCAGGAGCCUCAACGGAACGCCGUGACGGCGAUGAGCAUGUAGCUCAACGGGAACGCCGUGACGGCGAUGAGCAUCUAGCUCCACGUGAACGCCGUGACGACAAGGAGGCCGGAGCUCAACGUGAACCCCGUGACGGCGAUGAGCAUCUGGCUCAACGUGAACGCCGUGACGACAAGGAGGCCGGAGCUCAACGUGAACGCCGUGACGACAAGGAGGCCGGAGCUCAACGUGAACGCCGA